AUAAAGUCGGCAAUUCCCCCACUUCUCAGAUUUGAGAGUCGCCAAUUACAGUUAGGGUUUUGUACGUUCUUCCCCCUUUCUGGUAACUCGAUCAAAUCCCCAGAGAAAUCGACUUGUGGAGGAGUCUAAUAGCUUGAAGAAUCUCGGCGAACGAUGAAGAAAUUUCAUCAAAGAGAUGAACAGAAGACUGAUAGCUCCAAGUCCACGGAGACGAAGAAGAGGAAGAACAUGAGGAGAUUGGGAGGCGGUGGUCUUUCUCUUCAAACUUUUGCUAACAUGAAAUCGGAUAACAAUCGCUACAACCCUGCUUUGAUCAAAAAGCAAAAAGAGUUCUACAAGAAUGCAAAGUAUGUGAGCAAGUUUAGGAAGUCGAUGAAGCAGCAGAACUUACAUGAUAAGAAUGAGACUGGAGAGAGUAGUAAGAUAGAUGAUAACAAUGAUAUUGAUGCUAAGCAGAAGGGUAAAUCUAAUAAGAGAAUCGGUGUAGAGGAUUUAUACAAGCAGACUAAAGAAGAGAUGGAGAAAGCAAGGAUGGAGAGAGAGGCGACAUUUCAGGCUAAGAAGGAAGCGAAACAAGAGGCUGAGUCACGGAGGAAAGUAGCAAAGGGGAAGAUGAUGAGGAAGACCCGACAUGGUCAGCCUGUAAUGAAAUACAGAAUAGAGCAUCUUCUUGAAUCCAUCAAGAAAUCUGCUGGAAUCGAUGAAAGCGCAUGAGGUAGAUACAGUGCAGUGGACAAUCCUUCUAGUUCUGUGCAUCUGGUGGAGGAUUCUCUCAAAACGUCUGGUGUUGUGGAGGCUUGAAACAAGAACUUUGUUUUCAUCUCAGAUAACGACCUGAUAUUACUACUGGUGCUUGUUACUUAUAGAGAUGCUUUGAGGCAACACUUGUAGUUUUUGGCUAGGCCUUACAGUUUAGCUCAUGAAUUUUGCUGUUUUGUUUUAACUAUAAAUCUUAUAAAGUGACAACUUUUUUA